CCGGUUGUUCUUCAAGCUCCUUCCCCUCACGGUGCCUUCAGGGGCUGCGGACUCGGUUCAGUUUAAACUGGCUCUGAGUCUGUCCCAGUGUGCAGUGAUCCAACAGCACCCACUCACGGCAGGAUGGAGAUCAGACCUGGAGGAGGCGCUACGGUCCGGUCCAGCCCAGGGUCCAGACCAGGUCUUGGUCCUCGUCCAGACUCUGGUCUCGAUUCUGAAUAGAAACCUGGAGAAUAUGGACACCUUCAUCAGGCGGCACACACUGGACUCCCUGUGUUCCUGCGUGGAGCUCGUCUCUGAGUCCGGCUCUAGUCCAGACCAGACCCCGCUCCUGGUCCUAAUCCAGACUCUGGUCUUGGGUCUGAGGAAUCUAACAGACACCCACCACCUCCUCACAGCAAGACGCAUCUACAGACUGAUACAACAGCACCUGGAGGAGAGCCGCAAGGAGCUCAACCAGGAGGCUGUGAGUGUCCCAGCCCUUGAUCCCGUCUCUUUCUCUGAUUGGGUGGGUCUGUACCUGCGGAAUAGUGACAGACAGGUGGAGUUCAGUCUGGUCCUCGUCUCAGUUCUGUCCCAGUUCAUUCAAGAACUCAAGAGUCCAGACCAGGCCUUCAAAGAUGAGGAGUGGUGGAACCCCGAGCAUCUGGACACUAACACCUGCUGUUACCUGGAGCUGCUGACAAGUUUCUCUUGA